ACAACCACUUGGUGGGCGCACCGCAGCUGAGCCUGUAGAGCACGAGCGCGCCCGUGAGAGUGGAAAAGAGAGGGCUGGCCCCGCCGGCCUGAUCAGAUCAGCGGAAGGCACACCGAGCUCUUGCCUGCCUCCACUCCACCCAAUGGCGAUGCCGAGGGCGCCGGGCGCGGGGUCGCUCCGCUUCCUGGGCCUGCUGAAGCAGCCGGAGUCCGACGCCGCCGCCCCAUUCGAGCUCGACGAGCGCGACGUGUUGUGGCCGACGGGCGGGGGGCAGCAGGACGGUUGGGCCGCCCCGCCGGCGAGGCGGCGUCGCGCGCACGCCAUGCCGCUGUACAGCUUCGGGCUGUCGUCGCUGCUCGCCGAAGACUGCGGCGGUGGGGUGCCCGUGCCCGUGCCGGGGAGGGCGAUGGCGAUGGCGCCGAGCGCCGCGCCGAGGCAGUCGGCGCCGGUGCGCGUGCCGGCGCCGUGGCCAGGCGGCAGGAGGGCCGACGAGGACGAGGAGGACGGCGAGGAGGUGGUGCCGCCGCACGUGGUCGCGGCGCGGCGCCACGCGCGGUCGUCGUCCGUGCUGGAGGGCGCCGGGCGCACGCUCAAGGGCCGCGACCUCCGCAGCGUCCGCAACGCCGUGCUCCGGCAGACCGGGUUCUUGGACCUGUGAACGUCCGCAGGCAGCCAUGGCACAAGACGCCGAUCGAUACAUUGUUGUGUGUCUGUGUGUCGUUCUAGCGUCCCUUACAAGUUACACAUGAAGAACUGAACUCAAUACGUUCAAUCA